AUGGUGUCUAUCAGUGUCGUGGACGACAGCGACACUGAUAUGACUAUGUCACCAAUCGACUCGUUUGAUACCGACAAUAUGCUCGUCGAUUAUGACCCAACCACUGAUGCUUUUUCGGAAGCGAGCGAUGGUGCGGCUAUGAUGGAUGUGGACGACGAAAAUAUUGGUUUUGACAACGUUGAUGACUACUAUGAUGACCUGGACAACGACACUAGCUCGGACAUUACAUCAUUUGCCGAGAAUGAGUACUCCUAUGAUGAAAUAGCGUACAUGGAGCUAGAAGGAGCAGCAGAACCGGAGCCAGACUUCAUUCGCGACACGUUUUACGGCCGCGCAAAUACAUGGCGAUUAGCCAGUCGCAAAUGCAAGUUGAGGGUAGCAUUAAAUGAAAAUCGUGAGCUGUACAGGGCUUACCUUCGUUCGUUAGCUGGGUGGUACCAAGUACUUCGCAGAGACGCCUUGAACUUGAUUAAUCUGCAUGCUCUGCUUGCAUACGAAAGCAACGGUGAGAUACCCAUGCCAGAAUUAGACAAUUAA